AUGGCGACCCACCGCAGGCAGUCGACCAGCUUCGGCCGUGACCGUCGCUUCUCCACCGGCAAGGCUGAGUCUGAGCUCAACUCUCAGGUCCAUCGCCAAUUCCGCAACUACCACGCCGGCCACAGAGUCCACGCCGGUCUCGACGCCACCAGAGCGUCCACCGGUGUUGUCUGGACCUCUGAGCGUGCCUACGAGAAGGGCUACCUCGAGGACCCCGAGGCCUGGGCCAACCUGGGCCAGGGUGCCCCCGAGGUCGACGACGAAAUCGAAGGCUGCUUCGAGCGUCCCCACAACAUCGACAUCUCGCUGAGCGGCCGCGAGUAUGGCCCGACUGCCGGCAUCAAGCCCCUCCGCGAGGCUGUCGCCAACCUUUACAACGAGCACCACCGUCAGGACAGGCCCAGCAAAUACACCUGGGAGAAUGUCUGCAUCGUCCCCGGUGGCCGUGCUGGUCUGAUCCGUAUCGCCGCCGUGCUGGGCAACAGCUACCUGUCCUUCUUCAUUCCCGACUACACUGCGUACAACGAAAUGCUGUCGCUCUUCAAGAACUUCUCCUCCAUCCCCAUUCCUCUUAGCCGCGACGACAACUACCACAUCCAUCCCGAGAAGAUUGCCGAGGAGAUCGCCCGUGGAACCUCCGUCAUUCUCACCUCCAACCCGCGUAACCCCACUGGUCAAGUCAUGACCAACCCGGAGCUCGCUCAAAUCCAGGACAUCUGCCGCGAGAGGGCGACCCUAAUCAUGGAUGAGUUCUACUGCGGCUACAACUACACGUCUGACUGCGAUGGCUCCGUCAUUUCCGCUGCUGAUAACGUCGUUGACGUUGAUGAAGAUGACGUCCUGAUCAUCGAUGGUCUUACCAAGCGCUUCCGUCUUCCAGGCUGGCGUGUCGCUUGGAUCGUCGGCCCCAAGGAGUUUAUCAAGGCCAUUGGUUCUUGCGGUUCCUACCUCGACGGCGGCACCAACGUCCCCUUCCAGGAGGCCGCUAUCCACAUGCUGGAGCCCACCAAGGUCCGCAACGAGAUGCGUGCUCUUCAAACCCACUUCAGGAUGAAGCGCGACUAUGUCAUUGGUCGCCUUCGUGAGAUGGGCUUCAAGAUCCCGGAUGAAGAUGUGCCCAACUCCACCUUCUACCUCUGGCUGGACCUUAGCUCCCUCCCCAGCACCAUCAACGACGGUCUGAACUUCUUCGCCGAGUGCCUGAAUGAGAAGGUCAUCGUGGUUCCCGGUAUCUUCUUUGACCUGAACCCUAGCAAGCGUCGCGACCUUUUCGACUCGCCUUGCCACCACUUCGUCCGCCUUUCGUACGGCCCGAGGAUGGAAACUCUCAAGAUGGGCAUGGAUGCCAUUGAGCGUAUUGUUUUGAAGCACCGUGGCGUCAAGGACAUCCCAUUCCACAGGCACACGAGGACCGGCUCUCGUGUGGGUGACGGCCAGCACCCUGGCCAUGCCCAGUAG